CGCCAUGAAGGCCCCCGCCGUCCUCCUGCUGCUGCUCACCUCGGUACAGAGGAGCGCCGGGGAGUGCUCGGAGGCGCUCGCCAGGUCUGCGACGGACGUGCACGUGCAGUAUCAGCUUCCCAACUUCACCGCGGGAAGCCCCAUCCAGCACGCCGUCCUCCACCGGCAUCUCAUCUACCUGGGGGCUACUAACCACCUUUACGUUCUAGAUGACGAAGACCUGCGGAAGGUGGCGGAGUACAAGACUGGGCCUGUGCUGGAGCACCCAGACUGUCCCCCUUGUCAGGACUGCGGCCGCAAGGCCAACUUGUCAGGAGCCGUUUGGAAGGACAACGUCAACAUGGCUCUGCUCCUUGACACCUACUACGAUGACCAGCUCAUCAGCUGUGGCAGUGCCAACAGAGGAGCCUGCGAGCGGCACGUGCUGCCUCCCAGGAAUAUGGCGGACAUACAGGCGUCUGUUCACUGCAUGUUCUCCCCAGAGGCCGAGGAGGAGCCCCGCCAGUGUCCUGACUGCGUGGUGAGCGCACUGGGCGCCAGAGUCCUCCUGUCUGAAAAGGAGCGGUUCCUCAACUUCUUCGUGGGCAACACCCUAAGUUCUUCCUACCUUCCCGGUUACUCUCUGCAUUCCAUAUCAGUGAGAAGGAUCAAAGAGACCCAAGAUGGCUUUAAGUUUCUGACAGAGCAGUCCUACGUGGAUGUCCUGCCUGAGUUCCGAGAUUCCUACCCCAUUAAGUAUGUCCAGGCCUUCGAAAGCAGCCAUUUCAUUUACUUUCUAACAGUCCAAAAGGAAACUCUGGAUGCUCAGACUUUUCACACAAGAAUAAUCAGGUUCUGUUCUGUAGACUCUGGCUUGCAUUCUUACAUGGAAAUGCCUCUGGAGUGUAUUCUCACAGAAAAGAGAAGAAAGAGGUCCGCCGGGCAGGAAGUGUUUAAUAUCCUUCAGGCCGCGUAUGUUGGUAAGGCCGGGGCCCAUCUUGCUAAGCAAAUCCGAGUCAGUCUGAAUGAUGACAUUCUGUAUGGCGUAUUUGCACAGAGCAAGCCAGAUUCGGCUGAGCUGGUGAAUCGAUCCGCCGUCUGUGCGUUCCCUGUCAAGUACAUCAAUGAGUUCUUCAACAAGAUCGUCAACAAAAACAACGUGAAGUGUCUCCAGCAUGUCUACGGACCGAAUCACGAGCACUGCUUCAAUAGGACACUGCUGAGAAACUCCUCAGGCUGUGAAGUUCGCAGAGACGAGUAUCGGACAGAGUUCACCACCGCUUUGCAGCGCGUUGAUUUGUUCUCAGGCCAAUUCAAGCAAGUUCUGUUAACAUCGAUAUCGACCUUCAUUAAAGGAGAUCUCACCAUUGCCAAUCUUGGGACGGCAGAGGGUCGUUUCAUGCAGGUUGUGGUGUCCCGAACUGUAUCAUCCACCCCUCAUGUGAAUUUCCGCCUGGAUUCCCGCCCUGUGUCUCCAGAAGUGCUUGUGGAACACUCAUCAAACCAAAAUGGCUACACUCUGGUUAUCACUGGGAACAAGAUCACAAAGAUCCCCUUGAAUGGCUUGGGCUGCAGACAUUUUCAGUCCUGCAGUCAGUGUCUCUCUGCCCCGCCUUUUGUGCAGUGUGGCUGGUGCCACAACCAGUGUGUGCGAUCGGAUGAGUGCCCCAGUGGGACGUGGACACAAGAGACCUGUCUGCCUGCAGUCUACAAGGUUUUCCCAACUAGUGCGCCCAUUGAAGGAGGGACCACAUUGACCAUAUGUGGCUGGGACUUCGGAUUCAGGAAGAAUAAUAAAUUUGAUUUAAAGAAAACCGAAGUAUUCCUUGGAAAUGAGAGCUGCACCUUGACCUUAAGUGAGAGCACAGUGAAUAAGUUGAAAUGCACAGUUGGCCCCGCGAGGAGUGAGCAUUUCAACAUGACCAUACGUAUUUCAAGCAGUCGGGGAGCGGCGCAGUACAGUUCGUUCUCCUACGUAGAUCCUGUAAUAAGGAGUGUCUCUCCGCGCUGUGGUCCCAAGGCUGGUGGCACUUUACUUACUUUAACUGGAAAGUACCUGGACAGUGGAAAUUCUAGACACAUUUCAAUUGGUGGAAAAACAUGCACUUUGAAAAGUGUAUCAAGUAAUAGUCUCGAAUGUUACACACCAGCCCAAACCAUCCCAGCUGAGUUUCCUAUUAAGUUGAAAAUUGACUUAGCCAACCGAGAGACUGGCAGCUUCAGUUACCAGGAUGACCCCAUCGUCUAUGAAAUUCACCCGACCAAAUCUUUCAUCAGUGGUGGGAGCACAAUAACAGGUGUUGGAAACAACCUGAAUUCCGUCAGCAUCCCAAGGCUGGUAAUAAACGUGCCCGAGGCAGGAAAGAACUACACGGUGGCCUGCCAGCAUCGCUCCGGGGCAGAAAUCCUCUGCUGCACCACGCCCUCCCUGCAGCAGCUGGACCUGCGGCUCCCCCUGAAGACCAAAGCUUUUUUCAUGUUGGACGGGGUCCUUUCCAAAUACUUUGAUCUCAUUUACGUACAUAAUCCCGUCUUUAAGCAUUUUGAAAAGCCAGUGGUGAUUUCAGUGGGCAACGGGAAUGUACUGGAAAUUAAGGGAGAUGACAUUGACCCUGAAGCAGUCAAAGGUGAUGUGUUGAAAGUUGGAAAUAAGAGCUGUGAGAACGUAGAGUCUCAUGCCGAAGCUGUUUUCUGUACGGUCCCCAGUGACCUGCUGAAAUUGAACAGCGAGCUAAAUAUAGAGUGGAAGCAAGCAGUCUCUUCAACGGUCCUUGGAAAAGUAAUAGUCCAACCAGAUCAGAAUUUCACAGGAUUGAUUAUUAGCGUUGUCUCAAUAUCUGUAAUACUUUUAGUAUUACUUGGGCUUUUCCUGUGGCUGAAAAAGAGAAAGCAAAUUAAAGAUCUGGGCAGUGACUUAGUUCGCUACGAUGCGAGAGUGCACACUCCUCAUUUGGACAGGCUUGUAAGUGCCCGAAGUGUAAGUCCAACUACAGAAAUGGUUUCGAACGAAUCUGUAGACUACCGAGCUACUUUUCCAGAAGACCAGUUUCCUAACUCAUCUCAGAACGGGUCGUGCAGACAAGCUCAGUAUCCUCUGACGGACCUGUCCCCCAUCCUAAAUAGCGGAGACUCGGAUAUGUCCAGUCCACUGCUACAACAUACAGUCCACAUUGACCUCAGCGCUCUCAACCCAGAGCUGGUCCAAGCAGUGCAGCACGUAGUGAUCGGGCCCAGCAGCCUGAUUGUGCACUUCAAUGAAGUCAUAGGGCGAGGACAUUUUGGCUGUGUCUACCAUGGGGCUUUGCUGGACAGUGACGGCAGGAAAACCCACUGUGCUGUGAAAUCCUUGAACAGAAUCACUGACAUAGAGGAAGUUUCCCAGUUUCUGACCGAGGGAAUCAUCAUGAAAGACUUCAGCCAUCCUAAUGUUCUCUCCCUCCUGGGCAUCUGCCUUCGAAGUGAAGGGUCUCCGCUGGUGGUCCUGCCAUACAUGAAGCACGGAGACCUUCGCAAUUUCAUUCGAAAUGAGACUCAUAACCCGACCGUGAAAGAUCUUAUAGGCUUUGGUCUUCAAGUAGCCAAGGGCAUGAAAUAUCUUGCAAGCAAAAAGUUUGUCCACAGAGACUUGGCUGCAAGGAACUGUAUGUUGGAUGAAAAAUUCACUGUCAAGGUUGCUGACUUCGGUCUUGCCAGAGACAUGUAUGACAAAGAGUACUACAGUGUGCACAACAAGACAGGCGCGAAGCUGCCAGUGAAGUGGAUGGCCUUAGAAAGUCUGCAAACCCAGAAGUUUACCACCAAAUCAGACGUGUGGUCCUUCGGCGUGCUCCUGUGGGAGCUGAUGACGAGAGGGGCCCCCCCGUACCCAGAUGUGAACACCUUCGAUAUCACGGUGUACUUGUUGCAAGGCCGAAGGCUCUUGCAGCCCGAGUACUGCCCGGAUCCCUUGUACGAAGUGAUGCUAAAAUGCUGGCACCCCAAAGCUGAAAUGCGCCCGUCCUUUUCUGAGCUGGUCUCCAGGAUAUCGAGCAUCUUCUCCACGUUCAUCGGGGAGCACUACGUCCAUGUGAAUGCUACUUACGUCAAUGUAAAGUGUGUUGCCCCUUAUCCUUCUCUGCUGUCAUCGCAAGAAAACAUCGACGCUGACCUGGGCACGUGAUGAGGGGGAGCCCGGCCCUUCUGGGAAGCGUCACAGUACGAGCCCUAACAACGGUCCACGUUUUCUACAGGUCUCCACUGCCUGGCCCCCAAAAGGCCCAGACAACUUUUGCUUGUCAAAAUUACACCAGGACUGGAUUUUGUACUGUUAUUUCAAUCACUGGAUUCUAAUUUGUCCUCUGACAAAAACAUAAGAACCAGAGACGUGUUUCCACAGGCAUGUGACCGUGGACAACCCUGCAGCUGUGACGACACUCCUGUGAUACUGGAGUCGACAACCAGAAAUCUGAGUUGAUGCAGCGAAUUUUGAGGGCUCCUUACAAAAAAUUCCAGAGAUGGUCUUGUUCAGGGCAGGCCCAGCAACCCCAAGACCAGGCCACUCGGGAUUUCACUGUUUUCGGAGCUCUUUUCUAUGCUGUGUGGUCACAGACACUUUCAUUGCCAAUGUCAUCUGCCUGUAGGCAAACAUUCCCUCCUAGAUCCUCUUAUAUACAUUCCUUUGGCUGGAAAAUAUCCAUAGACAUUGAAGUCAAGUUACAACAUAGCAUGACACAAGAUGUGUUUACAGAUUAGUUGGGGUAUUUAUAUACUGUAUGCAGAAAAUGUUAACAAAUUUUCAUAAAAUAGUUUAGUCACAAGGACCUAUGUAGUUGUCAUUCUAAAGCCAACUGUUUGAUACUGUUCUGGUGUAAUUAAUGUGGACAUUUGGAAAUUUUAUCUGUAUUUUUAUGACAGCUCUGAAACAGACAAGUAAUUUGUGAUGAUAAAUAUUUUUAAAGGUAAGUCAGUGUGUUUUUAAAGAAGCAUACAAUUGACGAAAGGUCCAUUGCUCCCACCCGUGGCUAGUAUGCAGAACAAAAGAGCUCAAGGGGCUGGAAAUAGUAACCUCUUUCUCGGGCGGCAGCUUCCCACCUGAUGAACUUUUAGGAACAAGCUUUUGGAGAGUCCAGUUUUAUAUUAUGACUGGUUUUGUGGUAAGCAAAAUACAUCCUAGAAACCAACAAACAAGUGAACAAGGCAACUGAAAACCCUGGCUAUUUCACUUGAGCGAACAGUGAUUGUGGGCAGGACUUCCGUAUUGUUUUGUUCUGUGGAAUUUGUGCUGACUACUGUAGAGUGCAUUGGCAUAGGUUACUCUAGCUGGUUUUGUCAAUGUGAACAUUAAAAGUAUUAUAUUUUUAUAAAAAUGUUUAUUUUUAAGGAUAGAAAACAUUUCUUUAGGCCGUAAAAUCCUGCACUGUGAACACUGCGGCACAGGCAUGUGUGACUCGGAUUCAUAGCAGCGUGAUUGUAAAUGGCUGUGAACGCUGAUACGGAAACACCGACGGCCAGGGCACCCCGCCCUCGUUGCGUCACCAGGACGUGGAGCCAGGGGCUCGCAGGGAGGCUCCAGCCAGGGUGUGUUACACUGAAACCCAAGAGUUGAGUUCGGCUGUGUUGCAGGAAAAUGAUUGCAACCAAAGGCCUUUGGCCAUGGGGGGACUUGCCGGAAGAGAGGAGGAACCGUGCCGCAGAAAUACUUCAGGGCAGACAGUACUACUUCAUUAAUGUGAAGAGUAAUACUAAUUCACAAGUAUCGUAAGUGAUGAAUUAUCAAAAGAAUGUAUGCUCCGCAGAGAAAUACCGCUCUGUGUGAGAUCAAGAAAACGCAUGUUACGGGAACAGAGAGCUGGUGGAACACGCCGUCCUCCAGGCUGCGCACUUGUACAUACCUGCUUGAGAAGGCCGCAGUGUGGAAGUCGUGUUUGCUAUUUAUGAACUUGUCCUUAGGUUACCGCGUCUGGAAGGACUGUGGGAGUGAGUUUUCUAAGAAUUAGAUACUUAGCACUGCCCAUAGCUGCAAUUCAGCUGAAUGGUACUUUGUGUGUUAAUAGUUGUUCUGAUAAAUCAUACAGUUAAAAUAAAGUGAUGUAACAUCUUGUACACUGAGA